AUGCCUACUAUCUAUGAUGUACAACGUGAAGAGAUGUAUACAACUGAUUCACGUUUAAAUACAACAUAUGAUGCAUAUAAUUCUAUUGGUUAUAUGUCAGCUAUAGCACCACGUCAAGUUAUUAUAACUCGACCAGUAAAAAAUUUUAGUAGUGGAAAUCGAAGUAUGACAUCAAAAAUGACUGUAUCACAAUCAAUAUCAAGUAAUGCUGUACCAUUACGUGGUACUAUUGGUAUUAGUAAGUGGGCAUUAGUUCCAUUUACUAGUCAACGUGUUGAAGAAAAACGACAAUUAGCUGAAUUAAAUGAUCGAUUUGCUGAAUAUAUUGGUAGAAUUCGUUAUUUAGAAGCUGUUAAUCGUAAACUUAGUCGUGAUUUGGAUAAUAUACGUAAUAAAAAAGGUAUUGGUUUACAACGUAUACGUGAAAUAAUAACACGUGAAAAAAAAGAAGCUGAAGAUACAUUAAAACGUAUGGAUGAUGAUGUACGUUCAGGACAAAAUAAACGACAAGAAAGUGAACAACGUCUUAAACAAGUUGAACAACGUUUAUCAAAUGCACAACGACCUGAACAAAUCAAUAAUGUUAAAUAUCAAUUAAAACAAUUGCGAGAAAAAAUUAUUGAUCUUGAAAAAAAAAUUGAAUUAAUACGAAAAACAAUUCUUGAUAAUGAUGAUGAAAUUACUUUGUAUAAUGCUGAAUUACAACGUAUUCGAUCUGAUGUUGCAAAUCUUAUAUCUGAAAUAGCUAAUGAAACAACACAAAAACAAUUAUUAAUAGCUGAAAAAACUGUUCUCGAACAAGAAUUAAAAGCACUUGAAACAGCACAUAAAUUUGAUAUCGAACAAAUUCGUUCAAAAGUUACUAUAGCUAAUGUUGAUCCAGCACCAUUUUUUGAAGGUGAAUUAACAUCAGCUAUACGUGAAAUACGUAAACAAUUUGAAACAUUAACUGAUCAACAACAACAACAAUUACAAAAUUAUUAUCAAGCUAAAGUUAAUGGAUUAAUUGAAUAUCAUCAACCAAAACAACUUAUUGAAUCACAAUGGCAAACAGAAAAAAUUCGUGAAAUAACACGUAGUAUAACGGAUGUACGUAGUCGAAUUAAUAAUUUACAAAUGGAAAAUCAAGAUCUUGAUAGACAAAUAAUUGAUAUACGACAACAAAUACAAUCAACAACAUAUCAAGAUGAUCAACGUUUAAUUGAUGAACAAAAACAUUUUCGAGAUGAAAUUGAUCGUCUUAAAGGUUAUAUAAAUGAUUUAGAAAAAUAUCGUACAACACUCGAAGAAGAAAUACAUCGUUAUCGUUUAUUACUUGAAGGUAGUACAAAUCAAAUUGGUCUACGGCAUUUUGCUGAAGAAGCAGAAAAAAUAAUGAAUCGUGGUCGAUCAUUACUUGAUUCACUUAAUUUAUGUUUAAUGAGAAAUAUAUCAGGUCCAAUCAAUUCACACAAUAUACAUGAAGUUACAUAUUCAUCAGCGACAACUGCUGGUAUCAAUACUCGAUCACCAUCAGUAUCACGUGCUGAUUCACCUCAUUAUUAA